CCCUCUUUCCAAUCCCACCUACACCCUUCCCUCUCCUCUCCAGACGCUUCUCCCCUCCCCCUUUUCUCUCCCUCCUCCGGCCUCCAGACGAGCACCAGAGAGACGAGCGCAGAGCAGAUUCCCACGCGACGCGAGCGAUCUCGAUCGAUUGACAGAGAAGAGAAGAGACGACGGCCAUGGGGCUGGACUACUACAAGAUCCUGGGGGUGGACAAGGCGGCGAGCGACGACGACCUCAAGAAGGCCUACCGCAAGCUCGCCAUGAAGUGGCACCCCGACAAGAACCCCACCAACAAGAAGGAGGCCGAGAGCAAGUUCAAGCAGAUCUCCGAGGCAUACGAGGUGCUGAGCGACUCGCAGAAGCGGGCGGUCUACGACCAGUACGGCGAGGAGGGGCUCAAGGGCCAGGUGCCGCCGCCGGGGGCCGGCGGCGGCGCGGGCGGGCCGGCGGGCGCCACCUUCUUCUCCACCGGCGCCGACGGGCCCACGGCGUUCCGCUUCAACCCGCGCAACGCCGAGGACAUCUUCGCCGAGUUCUUCGGCUCCUCCAGCCCCUUCGGCGGGAUGGGGGGCAUGGGCGGCGGGAUGGGGGGCAUGGGGGGAGGAGGCCACGGCAUGCCGUCCGGCGGCAUCCGGUUCUCGCCGUCCAUGUUCGGCGGCGGCGGCGACCAUACCUUCACCCAGACGUUCGGCGGGGGCGGCCAAGGGUACCCCGGGAUGUUCGGCGGCGGCGCGCCGGUCAAGGCGGCGCCCAUCGAGAGGAAGCUGCCAUGCUCCCUCGAGGAGCUCUACAAGGGGACCACCAAGAAGAUGAAGAUCUCCAGGGAAAUCGCCGAUGCCAGCGGGAAGACGAUCCCGGUGGAGGAGAUCCUGACGAUCGACGUGAAGCCGGGGUGGAAGAAGGGCACCAAAAUCACCUUCCCGGAGAAGGGCAAUGAGCAGCCCCACACGAUCGCGGCGGACCUGGUCUUCAUCAUUGACGAGAAGCCGCACCCGGUGUACACCCGGGACGGCAACGACCUGGUGGCGACGCAGAAGAUACCGCUGGCAGAGGCCCUGACGGGGUACACGGUGCACCUGACGACGCUGGACGGGCGCAGCCUGACGGUGCCCAUCAGCUCGGUGAUCCACCCGGGGUAUGAGGAGGUGGUGCGCGGCGAGGGCAUGCCGAUCCCCAAGGACCCGUCCAGGAAGGGCAACCUGCGGGUCAAGUUCGACAUCAAGUUCCCCGCCAGGCUCACCGCCGACCAGAAGUCCGGCGUCAAGAGGCUCCUGGGGCAGUAGAGCAGGUCUGUGUGUGUUGUUGAACUGAAUGCAGGGGAUGUGAGAUGCUGCCUGCUUUUGGAGCAUCGGCGAUGAUCGAGUUGGCCCUGUGGAUUAGAUGAGAAAAGUGUAUACGAUGAUGUGAACUUGAAGUGCAUAGAUAGGUAAAUCUUGGAAGUGCAUUUCUUGUAAGCUUUUGGUGAUCGAAUGUGGUCUGCUGGACGAGCUAUUUUUUGUUGUACCUGGCUUCUGUUUGGAUUAGUUAUGCGGUAGAGGUAAUAAAAUGGUUUCAUGGUUGUCCAAAAAA